UGCCACCACCAACUUUUAAAUAAAGAUUUAACGGCCUUCUACUCACCUUGUACAAUGACGGUCAUUACUCCUUCCAAGCCCAAGGUCAUGGUAGACCUGACAGACCGGUUGCGUCAGCCAUUUAAAAUCCCAUUUGCAUCGAGGGCAAAUGGAUCUGAAAAGAGAGCGUGUGCUAGAAUGAGAAAUUAUGAUGAAAGUUCUGUAAAUAUUACUAAAGAAGAUAUAGAAGAUGAAGGAGUAGAUGGGUAUGGGGCACUUGUGAAACGGAAAAAAGUGGGUGCUCUUAAUCCAAGACAGGUUCUUAAGGCACAAGAUCAAACUGAGGCUGCUUUCAGGAAAGCUUUCAAAGUACCAUUCAUUAAGAAACCAAUCGACACAGGCAUAACGCCCCCACCACCGUUAGGCACUAGAAGAAGACCUAUAUUACCACCAAGGGCACUACAUGACCCAACAAAUGAGUUUGCCAUAGUUCUCUAUGACCCAACUGUAGAUGUCAUCCCAUUGGACAAAUCAGAAGAAGAAUUAAAUGCAGAAGCAGAUCAACUGAAGCAAGACGAAGAAAGUAAAAAGGAAUUAACGCCGCCUAAAAGGUCAGCUCAUAGAUCGUUAGCUGAGAUCCUUGGAAUAUGUAAGAAUCCCGAAGAAACAUUCAAUAAAUUUCCAGAUGUUCCUGUGGUUAUAGAUCCAAAACUUGCAAAGAUUCUCCGUCCUCAUCAAGUCGCGGGGGUCAAAUUUCUCUAUAGAUGUUCUGCUGGACUUGUAGACUCCAAGGCAAAGGGAUGUAUCAUGGCCGAUGAGAUGGGUCUAGGAAAAACGCUUCAAUGUAUAGCAUUGAUGUGGACACUUUUAAAACAAAGUCCUCGUGGGAAAAGAACAAUUGAAAAAUGUAUUAUAGUUUGUCCAUCUUCACUUGUGAGAAAUUGGGCCAAUGAGAUUAUUAAAUGGUUGGGAGAAGGGGUUCUCACCCCUUUGGCAGUUGAUGGUAAAAACGUUAAAUCUUCCGAUCUUGGACAAGCACUUCUGCAAUGGUCUGUUGCUACAGGUAGGAAUAUUGUAAGACCAGUACUUAUUAUCUCAUAUGAAACACUUCGUAGAAAUGUUGAUAGAUUGGCAGGGACAGAAGUUGGAUUAAUGUUGGCAGAUGAAGGGCAUAGACUUAAAAAUGGUGAUUCAUUAACAUUUACUGCACUUAAUGCAUUACGAUGUGAAAGAAGAGUUAUUUUAUCUGGUACUCCAAUUCAAAAUGAUCUUUCAGAAUAUUUUUCCCUUUUAAAUUUUGCUAAUCCUGGCUACCUUGGAACUAGAAAUGAUUUUAGGAAAAAUUUCGAAAAUCCAAUCUUACGAGGCAGAGAUGCAGAUGCUACUGAUAAAGAAAGAGAAAAGGGGGAUGCUAAACUUACAGAAAUGUCCCAAUUGGUGUCGAAAUUCAUUAUUAGAAGAACCAAUGAUAUUUUAUCCAAAUAUCUUCCAGUAAAAUAUGAACAUGUGGUUUUUGUUGGAUUAUCACCCAUGCAACAUCUGCUUUACAAUCAUUUUAUUACAUCACCUGAGAUUAGAAAGUUAUUAAAGGGAGUUGGUUCACAACCAUUAAAGGCUAUUGGGAUGUUAAAGAAAUUAUGUAAUCAUCCUGAUUUACUUAAUCUUCCGGAUGACAUUGAAGGAUGUGAAGAUUUGAUUCCAGAAGAUUAUCAAUCUUCAUGUGGUAAUAGUGGGGGGCGUAAUAGAGAGAUUCAAACUUGGUAUUCAGGAAAAUUUUUGGUCUUAACUAGAUUUUUGCACAAGAUUAGAACUGAAACAGAUGAUAAGAUUGUAUUAAUUUCAAAUUAUACUCAAACACUUGAUCUUAUUGAAAAGCAAUGUCGCUACAAUAAGUAUGGCUGUUUAAGGUUGGAUGGUACUAUGAAUAUAAACAAAAGGCAGAAACUUGUGGAUAAAUUUAACGAUCCAGAAUCUCCAGAAUUUAUAUUUUUAUUAUCUUCUAAAGCUGGUGGAUGUGGGAUUAAUUUAAUUGGGGCAAAUAGACUUGUGUUGAUAGAUCCUGAUUGGAACCCUGCAGCGGAUCAACAAGCGUUAGCAAGAGUGUGGAGAGAUGGACAAAAGAAAGAUUGCUUUAUUUACAGAUUUAUUCUGAAGGGUACUAUUGAAGAGAAGAUUUUCCAAAGACAAUCUAUGAAACUUCAACUAUCAAGUUGUGUUGUUGAUGAAAAGGAAGACGUCGAAAGAUUAUUCAGUGCUGAUCUUUUAAGAAAAUUGUUUGAAUUCCAACCUGAUGUUCUUUGUGAUACACAUGAUACUUAUUCUUGUAAGAGAUGUACAGAAAAGGGCCAACACAUAAAAGCUCCUGCAAUGUUAUAUGGGGAUGCAACCACAUGGAAUCAUCUCAACAAUAGUGCAUUGGCCAAGACUGAAGAUAUACUCCUCCGCAAUGAAGCAGAAUUUGACGAUGUUUCAUUUGCUUUCCAAUACAUAUCACACUAA